AUGAACACUUCUCCGUUUAUUUUAAAAAUAUAUUUGCAGAGCAAGGAAACAUCCGAUUUUCCGCUAGUCGCCGUGUCUAUCUUCAUUGCUAAACCAAUUCCGUUUGUUGAAGAGAUGCUGGAAGCGUUUGCUAAAUUGGACUAUCCGAAGAAGAAGAUAGUGCUAUAUAUUUUCAACUCCCAGCCUUUCGUUAUGAACUUCUUAUCCAAACACGGUGAUGAAUAUUACUCGAAAAAGAUCGUGAACGGUGUGACGGAAAUCGGCGAUCGGGAAGCAAGACAGGAAGCCUUAACUUUUGCUUCCCGCUUCGAUACCGAUUUUCUAUUUAUGUUGGAUGGAGAUGUCAUGUUCACAAAUGAGAAAACUAUACAAAUCUUGAUAGAGGCGUCAGUAAACUACGAACUGUAAGU